CACAGGAGACCCUACCACACAUGGCGAGCAUCAUCCAGGAGCAACUUUAAAAGACCAAGCCGACUGGUCAGGAACAAAUCUUGCUCCAGACUCAGACUUCUUUUUAAUUUAUGCUUCAAAAGAGAAGAGAAAAAAAUCUUGUCGCACACAUCAGGUUUUGAUGGAUAGACACAUUUUAUCAUGCACCCGAAUAAAGCUGUAGCAAGCAUUUCAUGUUCCCGCAGCUCUUUCUAGACAGGAGAAGGGGAAGGGUAACAAGUGGGACGACUUUACAUCCAUUGUUUUUUGACGCUGUCUACAUUGUCCCUAUCUUCGGUUGCUUUUUACUGAUUAAACAUCUGAUUGAGCUAUUUGCAAUGUAGGACUCUGAGAAAGGGCCCAAAGGCAGAGACAUGAACAAAGAAACCUGGUUCAGCUUGCAAAGUGGCACCACAGGGAUGCCCUCUGUUUUCUCCCCUACCCUUAUUUUGUUUGCAUUAUUAGUCACUGGCAUAUCUGGGGAAACGCAAGUGCAGUUUGCUGGUCAAACUGAAUUUUUUGUAAACGAAACUGCCACCACAGUGAUACGCUUUGUUAUAGAACGGAUAGGAGUGCCUGUGAACAUCACUGCAGUCGUCGAGUUGGUGGAAAGUGACACAGGAGAUUUUAUAGCUACUGCUACUGCUGCUUUUAUACCCGACUGGGAAUCCAACCGUACUGUCUACAUCUCUGUGUGUGAUGAUGAUUUCCCAGAGGCAGAUGAGACAUUUCAUUUCAUCCUAAAACUAAAGAACCCGCCACCAAAUACAAGUCUUGGAGUACAAAAAAUAGCCUCUGUCACUAUACUUUCAAAUGAUAAUGCCUUUGGAAUUAUAUCACUUAACAUGACAUCCUACAUGACAGUAAGUGAGCCACGGGGUAGAAACCAGACGAUGGCCCUCCUUCUGCUCAGAGAGAAAGGCACCUACGAAAGCGUGACUGUGACUUUUGAGAUAGAUGGUGGGCCAAAUCCAGCUGAAGAAGACAUAUAUCCAGCUAAGGGAAACAUUACUUUUUCUGCUGGCAGGUCUACCUUGGUUUACAAUUUGACAAUAUUAGAUGAUCAGAUUCCUGAAAAUGAUGAAAAUUUUACUCUGAAACUUACAAAUGUCUAUGGAGGUGCAGAGAUCAACACCACAAGGGAUACACUUCAGUUGACUAUAAAGAAAAAUGAUAGCCCAGUGCGCUUUUUUCAGAGCUCAUACAUGGUGCCAGAGACAAAUGAUGUUAUUAACAUUCCAGUCCUCCGAGGAAAGACUAUCUCCGGCAUGGUUGUUGGUUCUGAUGACUCUGAAGUGUCGGUCACUUAUAGGAUUGUAACUGGAAACACAACAUCUAGUGCUCAGCUUCAAAGUGAUUUUCUAGACUGUCAGCAAAACAAUACUAUUGUCUUUCCUCCAAAAGUCCAAGAGAUAACUCUGAAAUUUCAAAUCAUUGAUGAUCAAAGCCCAGAAAUAGCAGAAUCCUUUCAUGUUGUGUUAAUGGAAGAUACCUUACAAGGCGAUGCUGUAUUACAACAUCCCAGUGUUGUCUAUGUUACCAUUGAACCUAAUGAUAAACCCUACGGAGUUUUAUCUAUUAAUAGUGCCAUAUAUAAUGAGAUGCUUGUUAUUGAUGAAGAUCGAGUAUCACGAUAUGAAGGAAUAACCAUUGUGAGGAACGGGGGAACACACGGCAAUGUCUCUGUGAGUUGGAUCAUUAAACGUAACAGCAACGAUUCCUCCCGUGUCACUACUGAUAUCACGCCAGACUCUGGAAUGCUUCGGUUCUCCCAGGGGCAGAAGAUGGUAGCUAUUCCCCUUACAGUGGUGGCGGAUGAUGAGCCUGAAGAAGCUGAAGCUUACCUUUUACAGAUUUUAACAAAUACUAUACAAGGUGGAGCUGAGGUCGGCACACCCACAGAGCUUGUGUUCUACAUUCAGGACAGUGAUGAUGUAUAUGGGUUAAUUCAAUUUCAUGCUAUGGAAAAGCAGAAAAUUGUGAGCAUGCGGCAAGGGCGAUAUCUGACCUUGAGUUUUGUGAGGCAAGGUGGAACCAAAGGAGAUGUGAAAUUGAUUUAUGCCACCAUGUAUAUCCCAGCUGGUCCAGUGGAUCCUGAGAGAGCCAGAGAAGGAGUUCUUAAUGUGUCAUUGAAAAACAGUGUUACUUUUCUUGAAAAUAACUCACUUAUUACUGUAAAUCUUUCCAUAAGGAAUGACGCCUUUCUUCAAAACGAAGCUCAUUUUUAUAUACAGCUUGAGUCCUGCGAGUUACUGAGACCCAUCCCCUUAGUGCCACCCAUAAGUCCCAGACUCGGUCCUCUCCAGAAUGUGACAUUGAAGGUUACUUCAGACAUUGCUAAUGGAGAAAUUGGUUUCAUGACUAAUCGGCCAAUCGUUGUGUCAGAACCUGAGAAUGUUUCUUCUGAAGUGGUGUCAAUAGCUCUUCAUCGGGAUGGAACGGGAGAAGAUGCAGUUGUCUACUGGAGUCUGAAGCCCUCUGGCCCCAAUGCAAAUGACAUCACGUUUGGUGACUUAAGUCCUUUCAAUGGUUCUGUGAUCUUCCUUUCUGGACAAAGUGACACAGUAAUAAAUAUCACAAUUAAAGCUGAUGACAUACCUGAACUUAAUGAAACUGUCAUCAUAUCUUUGGACAGGGUCAGUGCAGAAAAUCAGGUUAUCAAGUCUGGGUUUACCAGCUGUGAGCUCAUUGUACUUGGGAACGAUGAUCCUGGUGGGGUGUUUGAAUUUUCCCCAUUUUUCAGAGGCCCUUAUUAUGUGAAAGAAGGAGAUUCGAUUGAGCUUAGAAUUUCUCGAUCCAGAGGUGCUCUUGUCAAACAAUUUCUGCGUUACACCAUCGAGCCAAAGGACAGCAAAGAAUUCUAUGGAAAUACAGGCAUCCUGGAGUUCCAGACUGGCGAAAAGGAGAUUGUAAUUACAUUGUUAACAAGGAUGGAUGGGAUACCAGAGUUGGAUGAGAUGUACUCGGUGGUGCUCAGCACUCAAGGGGAUUUUCCUAUAACUCUGGGAGACACUACAAGAGUUAACAUUACUAUUUUAAAAAAUGAUGAUCCCCAUGGAGUUAUUGAAUUUAUUACUGCGGGAAUAGUGCAAACCAUAAAUGAAAGCAAAGGAGAUGAGACAAAAUUUGCUACAUUUGAUUUAAUAAGAAGACAAGGACAUUUUGGAAACAUUAAUGUGAGCUGGACAAUAAACCCCAAUUCUACGAGUGAUGUAGCUCCAACAUAUGGCAAAGUUCAGUUUAAAGAUCAGGAAAAUUUGAAAACCAUAUCUGUUUCAUCCACACCCGAUGAGAUUCCAGAGGAGGCAGAAAUAUUUGCAGUAAUGAUUUUUAAUCCAACUGGUGGUGCCAGAAUAGGAGAUGUUACCACUGCCACUUUGGUAAUAAAUAAAAAUGACGAUGCAGUUUUCUUUACAGAACCAGUCGUGGUAUGGAUUGAGGAAGGCCAAAUUGCAAACUUCACCAUAAUACGCAAUGGAUCUGCAGAUUUUGUCUCCUCUGUUGCCUAUGUUACUGUCAGUGGUACAGCCAGUGCUAAGGAUGGAGAUUUUACUUAUAUUGCUGGAGAAAUCUUGGUGUUUGGUAUUGGGGAGAGAAUGCAAAAUGUAUCGGUUCAUACAAAUGAAGAUAAUAUUCCAGAGACAGAUGAAUUCUUUUAUCUACAACUUCUCAAUACUACAGGAGACACAGUGGUCAGUGGAAAUGGAAAUGCGACAGUGGUUAUCAAAGCCAAUGAUGACCCUAAUGGAAUAUUUUACAUUGAACCUGUUGACAAAACCGUAGAAGAAGGCGGAACAAACCAAUUCAAGGUGUUGAGAAAACGAGGCCAUUUUGGCAGAGUGCUUCUACAAUGGCAGAUCUUUGAGAAUGGUUCCAUCUUACAACCAGGCCAAGAAUUUUAUGAGUCAUGGGGCUCUCUGUUGUUUAACGAUAGAGAAGAGUUCAAAUAUAUAACACUCUAUGCUGUUCCUGAUCAAAUUCCAGAGUUCAAUGAGUUUUACAUUUUAAAGUUGGUGAAUAUUUCAGGUGGAUUUCCAGGUCCUGGGGGACAGCUGGCAGAAACAAACCUUAAUGUUACGGUUAUGAUCCCUUUCAAUGAUGACCCAUUUGGAGUGUUUGUGAUUGGCUCUGAAAGUCAGGAUCGGGAAGUAGCUGAAGAUGUACUGUCAGUAGAUGACAUGCGAUAUGUAACUAACCUUUCAGUUUGGAGACACCAGGGCACUUUUGGAGAUGUUCGAGUUGGCUGGGAAAUUCUUUCUGAAUCCUUUAAGACUGGUCUACCUCCAAUGUUGGACCUCAUACUUUUGGCUUCAUUCCCACCUUCAGUACCGCUGCAGGCUCAUAUGCGACGACACCAGAGUGGAACAGAUGCAUUGUUUUUCAGUGGUAAUGAAGGAGAUUUUGGUGUUGUUGCUCCUCUGUAUUUUGAUAAUAUCAAUAACACAUUGACAAACUUUACUUUCUCUGCAUGGACCAUACCAUUUGAGAACACCAAUGGAUUUAUUUUAUCAAAGGACAAUGAUAACGGCACAAUGUAUUUUGGUGUCAAAGUGGAAACGAACAACUCCUAUAUUAUGGUCCUUCUCUAUUAUGUAACAUAUGGAUCUAACACUACGUAUUUAGCUAAAGCUGGAGUUCCAAAAUUUAUGGAGCAAAAUGUCUGGAUACAUCUUCUAAUAACAUUGGAUGAUGGAUUUAUUGAGUUUUAUAUCGAUGGAAUUCCUCUGCCCGGGGGAGUAAAGAGCCUAAAAGGAGAAGGAAUAUUAAAUGGUCCAGGGAUUGUACGUAUUGGUGCAGGAGUGAAUGGAAGCAGCAGAUACACCGGCCUACUGCAAGAUGUCCGCCUAUACGAACAAAGGUUAUCUCGAGCAGAGAUCAGUGAACUACAUGCUACCCCAGCCAAGAGUGACCUGCAUCCUAUAUCCGGCUAUUUGGAAUAUAGACAAGGAGAAAUACAUAAGUCAUUUGUUGUAGCUGCACGGAAUGACACUGUGGAAGAGGGAGAGGAGCUAUAUAUAUUAAAACUAGUGUCUGUGUAUGGGGGAGCCAGGAUUCCAGAGGAGAACACAACAGCAACCAUUAGAAUACAGAAGAGUGAUAAUGCCAAUGGUUUGUUUGGUUUUACAGGACCAUGUAUUCCUCAGUCAACAGAGGAAGAUUCUACCAUCUCCUGUGUUGUGGAGCGUACCAGAGGAGCCCUGGACACUGUAUAUCUCUUCUACACCAUCAUUCAGACUGACCACGGUGUCACUAAUGACUCAGUGGCAGAUUUCACUAACAGAAGUGGAAAUAUUACAUUUCUUCCCUCCCAGAGAUCAAAGGUUUUAAAUCUGCAUGUUCUAGAUGAUGACAUUCCAGAACUUGCAGAACAUUUCCGAGUUACCCUCACAAAUGCUGUGUCUGCGGAUGGAAAAGUUGGGUCUACUCCUACCAGUGGAGCCAGUAUAGAUCCAUCCAAGAAUUCUGAAGAUAUAACGAUAAAUGCAAGUGAUCACCCUUACGGGCUGCUUCAGUUCUCUUUGGAUCCUCCACCAAAACCAGGUGAUGGUAUGAUUACUCCAACAAAGACUGCACCCAUAAUUAAAGUGAAGGAAGAAGUAGGACAAGUACAGUUGCUGGUAGUCAGAGCACAAGGUCUCUUGGGAACAAUAAGAGUUCAAUAUAGGACAGUUUCGUUGACAGCGUCCAGUCCCCAGGACUAUCAGAAAACAGCAGAUUCCUUGGAAUUCCAGCCUGGUGAACGAUACAAGUAUAUUUAUGUUAACAUCACGGAUAACUCUCUGCCUGAACUGGCCAAAUCGUUUAGAGUUGAUUUAUGGAAUGCAGAAGGAGGAGUGACUGAACUCUUUAGGGAUGAUGACUUUGCUAGUGGUGAUGGUGACAUGGAAUUCUUCCUUCCCGCUGUGCACCAGAGGGCUAGCUUGGGUAUAGCCUCAAACAUAACUGUGAUUAUAGAAGACUCUGAUGAUGCUCAUGGAGUUUUUGAAUUCAGCCGUGAUUCUCUGUUUAUGAAUGCAAAUGAACCAGAUGCUGGAUACAGCCCUGUAAUAUUUCAGGUUUUGCGUUACCAAGGUGCCUUAUCAAUGGUGUCUGUUUUUUGGAAGAUAGAAUCUGAUCCUUUUGCAGACUUAGCUUUUACCUCUGGGAAUGUAACUUUUAAAAUUGGACAGAAAAGUGGCAACAUAACAAUUCUAGUAUCUCCAGAUGAUGUUCCGGAACUGGAUAAAGUAUUUUCAGUUAUAAUAACAAAUGUUUCGGAUGGACGGUUGGGUGAUUUGACUAAUGCUUCACUGACACUUUUUGCUAAUGAUGAUCCCUAUGGGCUUUUUGUGUUCUCUGAGUCAAACCGACCAACUAAAGUUGAGGAAAAAUAUCAGAAUAUAUCUUUAACAAUCAAACGGUUAAAUGGCCUGAUGGGGACAGUCAUGGUUUCCUAUCAAACACUUCCAGACUCUGAAAAACUUUCAUUUAUUUCUCCAAGUAUUGCAAGGGCCACUCAAGGGAAAGACUACUCUCCUAUCUCUGGAAAUGUAAUUUUCUCUGCAAAUAUGAGUGAAAUCAAAAUUCUUCUUCCAAUAUUAGAUGACAAUGAACCGGAGAGGUCAGAAUCGUUGUUUGUUGAAUUAUUUAACAUCACAAUAGUGGAAAGAGCACAGCAACAGCCUGUACUGAACUCUCCACGUCUAGGUUUGAGAAGUGAGACAGUGGCACACGUCAUUAUAAAUGCUGGUGAUGAUGCUUUUGGUGUUCUACAGCUGUCUACUACAUUAGUGCGCAUUGCAGAAAAUUAUGUUGGACCAAUAAUUAAUGUUACUAGAGUUGGUGGGAUGUUUGGUGAUGUUUCGGUAAAAUUCAAAGCCGUGCCAAUAACUGCAACAGCUGGUGAAGAUUACACUGUAGCAUCAUCCGAUGUUGUGCUACUUGAAGGAGAAACCAGCAAAGCAGUGCCAAUCUACAUUAUUAAUGAUAUCAGUCCUGAAGUGGAGGAAUCAUUUCAGGUGUUGCUGUUAAAUCAGACAACAGGAGGAGCCAUGGUUGGGGAUAUAACUGAAGCGACUAUCGUUAUAGAAGCAUCUGAUGAUCCAUAUGGAUCAUUUGUUUUCCAGGUGACAUCAGUCACAAUAGAUGAACCAGAUUUCAAUACAGUUAAUAUGUAUCUGCCGAUAAUUCGAAAUGCUGGCACACUUGGCAAUGUUGUUGUCCAGUGGAUGGCUACCAUCAAUGGGAAGCUUGCUUCAGGAGACCUGCUGAUUACUUCUGGAAAUGUGAGCUUUUCUGCUGGAGAAACCAUACGGAAUCUUCCAAUAGAAGUCAUCGCUGACAACGUUCCUGAAAUUGAAGAGAUAAUUAUAGUACAACUUACUGGAGCUUCAAAUGGAGGAUCAAUAGGAGCAGAAGGCAAAGUUAGAAUUACCAUUCCAGCCAAUGACAAUCCCUAUGGAACCAUUUCCUUCCUUCGGCCCAUUUACAAAGUUCAGGAACCUCUGGAGAAGAGUUCUUAUGCAAAUAUUACAAUCAAAAGAAGCGCAGGAAGAUUUGGCCAUUUGCAAGUACUGUACAGCACCUCUGAGAUAGAUGUAGUUAACCUUGCGGUUGAAGGAGGCCAGGAUAUACUAUCAUACUUUGAAGCUCCUGUGUCUGGUAUCCCUUUGGCAUUAUCUAGGACUUCAGUCAAUGUUUCAUUAGCAGAAAACCCCCUCCAGGCUUGUGCCAUUGCCUGUCUGAAAAAUCAAGUAUGUUCAGCAUUUUCCUAUAUCAGAAGCUCUGGCUCUCCUCAAUGUUUCUGGGUAGCAACACUACAGUUUCAACUCACCAACAGUACGCAGUUCUGGACCUAUAGGAAGAACAGCACCACUGCGUCUAUACUGUUUAGCUCUCAGGCCACAGCUGGCAGUGAUUAUGAAUCUGUCACAGGGCAAUGGUUUACCAUGCCUGAAGGAGAAGAGUUUGCAAAUCUUACUGUUUCUAUACUAACUGACAGUUUCCCAGAAUUAGAUGAGCAAUUCAUUGUGUCUCUUCUUGAUGUCAGACUGCUAAACACUACAGCCAACGUAAAGGAUCCACCAACUAUAGGACAGCCAAAUAAAUCAGUGGUUGUAAUCAGGAUGAAUGGAGAUGCUUUUGGAGUAUUUGCGAUUUACAUACGCAGUCCAAAUGCAACAGUGGAAGGCCACCAUAUAGAGGUCCUGGAGCAGCCACAGACAAUGGUACAGCUUGUCAUAGAGCGACGUGAAGGAAGCCUGGGACAAGUGACGGUGGAAUGGGGCAUUGUUGGAGGAACAGCUACCAGAAACAUCGAUUUUACAGCUGAUACAGACGUUAUAAUAUUUGCUGAAGGUGAAACAAGUAAAGUGGUCACAUUGAUGAUACUGGAUGAUUCAGACCCUGAGGACAAUGAAAACAUUGAAGUUGCACUGACAUAUACAGAGGGAGGAAGCCGCAUUCUUCCUAGUUCCAACACAGUCUCCAUAGUCAUUUUGGCUAAUGAUAAUGUUGCUGGCAUAAUUGGCUUUCAUACAUUCUCAAGAUCAGUGAUUGGUCGAGAAGGAGAAAGACUGCACUUUUAUGUUGUACGGACUUUCCCUGGCCGUGGAAAUGUCACAGUCCACUGGAGAAUUGUGGGAAACCGCGUAGACCAAAACUUUGGUAACAGUACAGGAAUGAUAUUCUUUCCAGAGGGGUCCCUGAACUCAAGUAUUACUCUCCACUUGCUGGAUGACCAGAUCCCUGAGGAGAAAGAGGAAUAUCGGCUCAUCCUUUACAAUGUGCUAACUGAAGGAUUUUCUGGACCAGGGGAAGCUGUUCUUGAUAAUCAGGGAUAUGAAGCCGUUCUGACUGUAGAAGCCAGUGAUGAACCCCAUGGGCUGUUAAAUUUUGCACCUGCUUCCAGGCUUGUCAUAACACAAGAAGCCAAUAAAACCAUUCAGCUAUUUAUAAACCGGGAAUAUGGUUCCCUAGGGGAUAUUAAUAUCACGUACACAACAUGGGAUUUGAUGCAUCAGCUGAACAAGACUGAUAUCCUACCUGCAGAGCCAGGCCUAGACUACAUUGCUGCAUCUGGAUCACUAAUACUGAAGGAUGGCCAGACAACUGCUGUCAUUGAUGUACCUAUACUGGAGGAUGACAUACCAGAACUUCAAGAGUACAUUCUUGUGACACUAAUAUCAGUUGAACUAUUGGUGAAGUUGCCAACCUCCUCCCCUCCACGCCUUGAUGUUGAAGGGAUGACUGCUCAGAUCAUUAUUGAUGCAAAUGAUGGAGUUCAAGGAGUUAUAGAAUGGCAGAGGACAAGCUAUGAAGUCAAUGAAACUCAUGGUGUUUUAACAUUGGUGGCUUAUCGGAAUAAGGGGACCUAUGGUAAUGUGUCGCUGUUCUUCUAUGCACAGAACAUUGGAGCCCAGUUGGGAAUGGAUUAUAAUGUUACAUCAACGAUUUUAAAUUUUGCUGAUGGAGAAAAAUAUAAAUUUGUUGAUGUAACAAUUAUUGAUGAUCAUAUCCCAGAAGGAGAUGAAAUGUUCCAACUUAUACUUGCAAAUCCUUCUCGUGGUCUUGAAUUAGGCAAUAAUACAACAGCUUCUGUCACAAUCCUGGCCAGUGAUGAUGGUCAUGGAGUUAUAUCAUUUAAUAACAGCGAUCACUUCUUCUUGCGGGAGCCCACAGCAAUGUACCUGAUGGAAAGUGUUGCAGUGUUUUAUAUUAUCAGAGAACCGCCACAAGGGAUAUUUGGGACUGUCAGUGUCCAGUAUCUCAUCACUGGAGAAAAUGGUUCUGAUGCAUCUGGUGACCUAACCCCAGUAGAAGGUUAUGUUGUACUGGAGGAAGGAGAGAGGUUUAAGACUUUGGAAAUUACUGCAGUUCUGGAUGAAGAACCAGAGAUGGAUGAACAUUUUACCAUCACAUUGUUUAAUCCUACUGGGGGAGCUAGGUUGGGCACAAAACUGCAGACUUCAAUAACUGUGCUGCAGAAUCAGGCUCCACAAGGACUCUUCAGCAUUUUCCCCACACAUAACAGAACGGGCUCUGUGACAGUCGAAGAGAACAAUGUGACAGUCUAUCUGAGAGUGUCUCGUAGCAAUGGACUAAAUAUGUCUGUCAGUGUGGAGUGGGAGACCAUAUAUGGAACAGCCUUUGGCAUAAAGGGACCCCAUAGUGUUUUAUCUGUUCUGCAAGGCUUCUUGAAUGUGUCAGCUAGCACCUGGUGUUUUUUCUCCCAUGAUGGUACACAGUAUGGUGUACUGACUGCACAUCCCACUUCCACAAUUUAUGAGUGGCGUGGGGUACUAGUACCUAUCCAGGAUUUGACAAUAGAAAACCCUUGGCAUUGUGUGGCCUUUACAGUAAAUGACUCUUCGUACAUUGUUAUUGCCAGUCAAUUCUCUAAUAACACAGUGUAUACCUUCACAAAGGAUGGAUUAUCACUGAGACAGACCUUAUUAGUCCCAGGAACAAGCACUGCCAAACAUUUCUCAGUUGGAGAUCAUGACCAUUAUUUGAUCAUUGGAAGCUAUACAAGUACUUCUCAGGUGUUUAAAUUGAGCAGUGGUAUGUUUGUGUUGCAUCAAAACUUCCCAGUCCAAGGAGUUGCAUGGCUGUCAGUGUUCCCUCGGGGAGGAUCUAUCUACAUGGUCUUGUGCCUUGGAGCUUCUGACCACAGUUCUCUAAUGUACUCAUGGUCCAAUAACAAAUUUGAAAAUCCACAAGAUAUUGCAGUCACUGGAACUACUAGAGUGGAUUCCUUAGUUUCUGGUGCCGACAUCUACAUUGUAUUUUUUCAAGGAGAAAAUGAAUCCAUUGUUAUUUUCCUAUGGGAGUCAGGACAGACAUGGAUGAAGAAAAUACAGACCAUCCCUUUCAGGGCUGCACAUAUGGUUCAUGCUUUUAUGCCCCCUUCAGGGUUGGCUCAUCUAUCAGUUUCUGGUGGUAAUGGAUCAGAAUUGUAUCGCAUGAACUUUGAAAAUGGACAGUUCUCCUCUUUGCUAACGGCUCCUUCCUCUAAGCAGCUGAUCUUCACCACAAUGAUAUCACUAAAUGUAUCCAAAACAGUCAUUGCACUGGCAGGAGAUUUCAACUCUCAAAUCUAUGAGCUAACAUCAGUCUCCAAUCAGUCGGAUUUCAUACCCAGUUCAGGUGAGCUGAAGUUUGAGCCUGGGCAAAGUGAAGCCACUAUAGCAAUUAAUAUUCUUGAUGACUCAAUACCAGAAGAAGAUGAAUCUUUCCGAGUAAGACUUAAAAACCCUAAAGGAGGUGCAGAGAUUGGUGUCCAUUCCUAUGUGACUGUCAUCAUUCCACCCAAUGAUUAUGCCCAUGGGAUCAUCGGGUUUGCUCAGAAUUCUUUGAUGAAACAAGCAGAGGAGAUGGAACAAGACAAUUUGAUCAGCUUCAGUAUUGAGCGUCUCUACGGCACAUAUGGCCGGGUGGUGGUGGAGUGGUUUGCCAAUGGCAGUGUAGCUGAUAUAUUUCCUACAUCAGGAAUGGUCACAUUUUCAGAGGGUCAGACACUCACUACAAUUACUGUUACAGUUCUAGCAGACAGCAUUGCUGAGAUGGCAGAGACUGUCAUGGUUAUCCUGACAAAAGUGACUACCAUGAAUAUAAAGGAUCUAAACAAAGGAGCAAUACUGGACCCAAGCAGGUCAAAGGCUUUGCUGACAAUCCUACCCAAUGACUCCCCACAUGGAAUAGUAGGGUGGCACAUCAAUUCAUCCUCAGUUAAAGUGAAUGAGCCAGAAGGAAAUUCUAUCAUCAUCACUUUACAAGUGAUUAGAGAACAAGGAUUUGUUGGUGAUAUUGUUGUUUACUUGCAAUCUCUACAAAACAUCUCCCUGUCACCUGUAAACAGAGCCACAGAAAAUGAAGAUUAUGCAAUUAAAGAUAAGAUCAUUAUUAUAAGAGAAAACAGCAUGCUUGCUCAAGUAAAACUCAGCAUCUUGCCUGAUAACUUACCUGAGUUAAAUGAAAGUUUUCUCUUGAACAUUACUGAUGUCCAGUUUGUGAACUCUUCUGUAUCAAGUGGAUUGCCAAUGCUCAAAAGGCCUGGGCAGGAAAUCUGUGAAAUAAUAAUCCUUGAGAAUGAUGAUCCUAGAGGUGUAUUCCAGUUUAACGUUACCAAGACUGUAAAUGGAGCUGUGCUGGCUUAUGAAGUUCCACCUCCACAGAAUGUACUCAGGCUUCCUGUUGUCAGACAAGCUGGAAACUUUGGCAUUGUCACUGUUUACUGGGAAGCUCUGCCGAUCACUGCGAGUCGUGAUGACUUCACGCCUUCUUCGGGGAAUCUUUCAUUUUCUGAUGGACAGUUGGCAGGAGUAAUAGAAAUUGUAAUAGUGGAUGAUACUUUUGUGGAGUAUCUAGAAACAUUUAAUGUUUCUCUAAAGCGAGUGACAAAUAAUGCCAAUCUAGGAAAUGAAAUUACCAUUGUGGUCAACAUUCCCCCAAAUGAUUCUCCUAUUGGAUUGUUUGGGUUUGAAACCAAUAGGGUGUUCAUUUCUGAACCUCAAAGAAUAGGUGACCCAGCUGGAGAAGUGACUCUAACAGUGGUGCGGAGUCAAGGUGGUCGAGGCGCAGUGAAAAUUAUCUGGAUAGUGGAGGAAGCUGGACAAUAUGACCUAAGCCCACUAAAUGGAACCCUGAACUUUAAUGAGACUGACACCAGAAAAUCAUUUACACUGAAAGCAAUCCAAGAUGGCCUUCUGGAAGGAAUGGAAUCAUUCAGCAUUCAGUUGGUGUCAUCCGACUAUUCAGUCAUCUCUCCUGUAGAUGGUACAGCCACUGUUGUUAUUGCUGGGGAUGUAGGAGCAGCUGGUAUAGUUGGAAUAGCCCCAUCAUCCCUUAAUGUUCUCAUUGGUGAGCCCUCUGGGAACUAUAAUGGAACAGCGCAUAUCAGCCUUAUUCGUGGUCCUGGGAUUUUUGGUGAAGUGACCGUUUAUUGGAAUAUAACUCCUGCUUACACAAGUGACUUUGUUGAGACAUCAGGAAUGGUUACACUGAGAGACAGGCAGUCAGCUGCUAUCAUCAGUAUACAGGCUGUGGAUGACAAUGUACCUGAAGAAAAAAGCUUCUACCAGUUGUACCUCAGCAAAAUCAGUGAAGGAGGAAUUAUAAAUGAAUCCACGCGAUUAGCAAAUGUAACCAUGGCUUCCAGCGAUUUUCCAUAUGGAUUGUUUCAAUUUUCACAGACAUUGUUACAGAUUUCAGAAGAAACACAAUGGAUAAACAUGACAAUCUCCAGAAUAGGUGGAACCUAUGGAAAUGUUCAGCUGAUAUAUCAAACCAAGAAUGGGUCAGCACUAAGUGGGUUGGAUUAUACAAAUACUUCUGGAGAACUUCUGUUCAAACCAAAUGAAACAAUGAAAGGUCUUUCUAUAGAGAUUAAAAAUGAUGUUCUACCGGAAGGUCCAGAGGAUUUUUUUGUUAUCAUUACAGAGGUGAAACUUGUAGGAAGGAGCUACGACCAUACAAUUAGAGAACACGGGCUACAGAUAGAUCAACCUCCUCUGAUGGGAAACAGUUCAAUGGUCCGAGUCAUUAUUCUUCCUAACGACAAUGCAGAAGGAGUUAUCGAGUUUGAUCCACAGUUCACUGCAGUCCAAGUGGAAGAAGAUGUUGGAGUGAUAUUGUUUCCUGUGCUAAGAACACGUGGAACAUAUGGCUAUGUCACAGCUGAUUUGAUCUCCCAUGACAUUUCUGCCACUGUGGGUAUAGACUAUGCAGUUUCUAAUGCUACAGUGGUGUUCCUGCAUGGGCAAAAUCAGAGCUUUAUCAACAUCAGUAUUAUUGAUGAUGAAGAAAGUGAAUUUGCAGAGCAGUUUGAGAUUCGCCUUGUGGGAGCAAGUGGAGGAGCUGUUCUGGGUGCACACCUCCUGACGCUCAUUACAAUAGCAAAAAGUGACUCCCCUACUGGAGCUGUGAGGUUUCUUAACCAAAGCCAGAUAACACUUCCAAACCCCAAUGCGACCAUCACAAUAUUGCUAAUGCUUGAGAGGACAGGCGGACACAUGGGAGAAGCCCAGAUAUUAUGGCAUAUAUUAGGACCUAAUUCCAAGACCACCCUGUCACCUGGCAAUGAUGAUUUUAGCGGACCUUUGAAUGGAUCAUUUUAUUACGGCGAUGGAGAAGGUGGAAUAAGGGUUAUUGCACUGACUAUUCUGCCCCAUGGAGAGAUCGAAGUCCAAGAAAAAUUCAUAGUUUUACUAAGCAUUGGAAGUGGCAGCACAGAGGUUGACCCAAAAGCUGGAAAUGUGACUCUUACAAUACAGAAAUUUGGAGAUCCCAAUGGAAUUGUUCAGUUUGCGGCAGAGUCUCUGCUAAAGAAAAAUUACACUGAACCUCAAACCAGUGACGGACCCCUGAAUAUAACUUUUCUUAUCAGGAGAGUGCAAGGAACGCUAGGCGAUAUUACGGUUUAUUGGAGACUGACCAGUUUAUCAGACAUUAAAAGUGACUUUUCAUCUACUUCUGGUUGGGUUGUCAUUCCUGAUAAACAAAAUAACGCAGAGAUUGUAAUUCAGCUUUUACCGGAUGAUGUGCCAGAAAUGGAUGAGCUUUGUGAGCUCCAACUGACCUCCGUAGAAGGAGGGGCUGAUUUGGAUAGUAUGAGAAGUGUGUUGUGGUUCACUGUUCUGGCAAAUGAUGACCCCCACGGUGUGUUCUAUUUGGACCCAGCAAGUCAGACUGUCAUUGUAAAUAAUGACAUGGAACGUUUCAUCCAAACUAAUGUGACAAGGCUGGGAGGAACAUUUGGCAAUGUCACUGUUGAGUACCAAGUGUCUUUUGGAAAAACAGCACGAGAAAAUCAGACCGGAAUAAUUACGGGAAGUGUAUUUAUUCAAGAUGGUGCAAGCUAUGGUAUUAGCAUAGUGCCAAUCAGUAACCAGGUCUUCCUCUUGCCUGGCUUUAAUUUUACUCUUGAGUUGACAAAUGUCACGUUGAUGGGUGAAAGCACCUCUGGGAAGCCUUACAUACAUAAAGGACAAAAGCCAAGUCCAGUAACAGUACCUAAGGAAGCUGCCAAUUCAGAGGUUGGUUUUGAAUCAGUUGCAUUCCGCCUUACAAAUAUCACAUCGGGGAUAGGACAUGCUGUUGUUUACAGAGAAGGGUCUUAUGGUUCAGUCACUGUAAGCUGGCGUUCUGGAUAUCCCCCUGGUUUUAUGCCAAAGGACAUCCGAAUUGGUAAACUCUUACCUGAAUCUGGCGUUGUUGUCUUUACACAUGGAGAAGAAAGAAAAUCAAUCCCACUUUACCUGGAGGCAAAUACUAGCGGGCCUGAGGGCUUUUCAUUACAGCUGAUUGGUCUCAGUAGCAGUGUUCCCAGUGGUGCCCGUUUAAAAUCGGGAUUUACUUAUGCAGAAUUUGAACCAAUGGGAGUAUUCCAGUUUUCCCCCAAUUCAAGGUACAUUGUAGUGCAAGAAGACAACCAGACUGUGUCACUCUAUGUUCAGCGAUUGUUUGGUUUCCAUGGCAACAACACAAAACUAACUUUCACAACCAUUUCAGGAAGUGCCAAAGACAAAGAAGAUUUUGUACCUGUUUUAAAUGGAGAACUGUUUUUUGAGAAAGGUCAGACCUCCUCAGUAAUAAAUAUUUCAAUAAUUAAUGAUAAAAUAUAUGAACUAGAUGAAUUAUUUUAUGUUAACCUAACAUCUGUAGAAAGUACUGAUUUCUACCACCAGAAGCCAAGACUACAUUUUGAUUACAGUCUUUCAUCUGUAACAAUAUUGGCAAACGAUUUCAUGUCUGGGUUGCUAAGCAUUGGGCCUGCCAUAACAUAUAUCAAUGAAGAUUCAAACAAUAGUGCACUAAAUACAGUGACUAUUCAAGUAAAGCGAACUCAAGGUUCCAGUGGGAUUGUUCAUGUCACACUUACAACAUUUGGGGCACGAAAGGCCAAGAAUGGAUUGCAGGGACUGCCCUUUGAGCAAAGCCACAUGUCCAGAAAUAUUUCUUGGGCAACUGAAGAUCUGGACUUUGAAGAGCGAGCUAUUCUGAUUACCAUGCUGGAUGGUCAGAGUGAAACUCAGGUCUCCAUUAAAAUUCUAGAUGAUGAUGAUCCUGAGGGUUUGGAGAUCUUCUAUGUUUUCCUCACAGAUCCUCAAGGUGGAGCUCAGAUAAUGUCUGGCAGGGAUGACACUGGAUUUUCAGAUUUUUCAACCAUCCUUAUCCAAGGUAAUGAUUUACAGAAUGGCAUAUUGGGAUUUGCUGUGGAGUCUUUGGACGGUCUGGCACUUGACGAAGAUUCCAUCCAGAGGACUACUCAACUCAAAGUGUUACGACAAGCCGACAGGGCCUUUGAAGAUGUGAAGAUCUACUGGCGUGCAACCUUUAAUAAAACUUCAGUUGAACUUUACAGGGGUGAAGUAAGCUUGGUUAAUAAACUGCAGGCGGUAUCUGGAUAUACCAUCUGUACUGCUGGCCAAACAGUGUGCCUAAUUAUCGUGGAAAUAAAAGACGACAAGGUUCCUGAAUUUGAGACUUAUUUUUUUGUUGAACUGUACGACGUUAGUGCUGGUGCAUCAAUAAACAGCAGUAUUCGAUUUGCCAAAGUAAUCAUCCUGGAAAGUGACUCUCCUCGUGGUCUGGUAUCAUUUGCACUGGGGUCACGAGUGGCGAUUGCACAUAAGAAGACAACUUCAAUCAGCCUUCAGAUUUCCCGAAACCCCAACACAUCCCAGAUCAUUUCUGUGGAGUAUGUUAUAAUGGAACUAAAACGAUCUGAAGUGAUUGGCCAUACAGUACUUUAUCCAGCCAUUGCAGGCCAGGAUUUUGUCAGCUCUGAAGGUAGACUCACAUUUGAGUCUGGACAAAGAACUGUUGUACUGGAUAUUACCCUCACUCCAGAGACUGCAUCUCUCAACCCCUACCCAAAGCGUUUCCAGGUCCUACUUAUGAACCCCUCAGGAGGUGCCAAAAUAGAUCCACUGUAUGGAACUGCCAACAUUACCAUUGUGUCAGACCCCUCAUCCCAGUCUACCUGGGGAUUACUUGAUCAGCUCAUUCAACCCUAUGAUGAGAGCACACUGAGCAGAGUUCUGCAGACUCUUAACAAUAAGGCUGGUUCUGAAUUCUCACAAGAGCAACUUGGUGCAACGAUGGCUAUCAUGGAAAAGAUAGUAAGUGAUGGUGGAACUGAAGUUCUAACCGAGGACAGCCGCAUUUUAUUUUAUAACAUACUGUGCAGCCUCAUCAGCCCAGACCGCUUGGAUACACGUGGAUAUAGCCCAUUGAUUGGAGUUACUGAGGUUUAUGCCUACUCCCUACUUACUGGUGUGACCUGUGGCUCUCCAGGUGUAAGAGGGAAGACGGUUUUUGACACUUGCCCCCACAUUUCUAUAUAUGCUUAUCACUGGUACCCACAGCAGAUCAAUAGACAUAGGUUUGAUGGGAAGAGCGGGGAUACAAUCCAACUCCCCGAAAGACUGUUGGCGGUUUUUCCAGAGAACUCUACCUCUGAAGGAAGCUGUAGAUUUGUGCAGUUUAUUGAGUACAGCAGCCAGCAGUGGUUCCUUACAGGAGGAGAAGAAAGUGCUUUAAAUAACAAGAUUUUAGCAGUGAGCGUGAAAGGUAACUUCUCUUAUCAAUUGGCUGAAGACAAUGAAGUUGUGUAUAGGAUUAAGGCAGCUGGAGGUCGCAUUGUACCACAAAUGUCACAGUGCCUUCUGUGGAAUCAAGCAUCAGAAAGAUGGCUUCCAAAUGUUCCUUUGUGCAGAGUGGUGUCAGACACAACAGAGUAUGUGGAGUGUGCCUGCUCGCACAUGUCCUCCUAUGCUGUGUUUGCUCACAUUGAUGACCUUUCAUCCUACAAUGAAGCCUUUUUUUUUGCUGGAUUUAUUUGCAUUUCUGGGUUUACGUUAGCCAUCCUCUCCCAGUUAUUCUGUACUAGGACCUCCACGUUUGCAGCUAAGCUCCUAACACACAUGAUGGUGGCCUGUUUAGGAACUCAGAUCUCCUUCCUGGCCUCUGCAUACAUUAGCCGAGAGCUCUCUAAUGAAGGCUGUGCUGGUCUGGCAGCUAUCACACACUAUUUUUAUCUCAGUCAAUUCUUUUGGAUGUUUAUUCAGGCAGUAAACUUCUGGUAUAUUCUGGUGAUGAACGAUGAACACGCAGAGAAGCGUCAUCUGAUCUUCUUUCUUCUUGGAUGGGGACUUCCUGCUGUUGUUGUUGUCCUGCACUUGGUCAUCCUUAAAAGCCUUUAUCAUAAAAAUAUGACUGACAUCUAUGGAUUGGUCCAUGGAGACAUGUGUUUCCUUCCAAACAUCUUUGCAGCUCUCUUUACUGCAGCACUUGUGCCAUUGGUUUGCCUUGUGGUAGUGCUUGUAGUUUUCAUUCAUGCCUAUCAAGUCACCCAACAAUGGAAAGCAUAUGAUGAUGUAUUCAGAGGGAGACCCAAUGCCACAGAGAUACCCUUGAUCUUGUAUCUAUUUGCUCUUAUAUCGAUAACAUGGCUUUGGGGCGGGUUACAUGUGGCUUACAGACACCUUUGGAUGUUGGUUCUCUUCAUCAUUUUCAACAGCCUUCAGGGUCUCUAUGCCUUCGUAGUUUACUUUAUUAUGCACAAUCAGCUGUGCUGCCCAGUUAAAGCCAGUUAUAGCCUCGAGACGGACGGACCUAGAAGCCCCGCUUCUGCCUUCUUUACACCCAGUAGUGGGAUGCCACCAGCUGGAGCUGAGAUCAGCAAAUCCACUCAGAACCUCAUUAGUGCAAUGGAGGAGAUUUCCUCAGACUGGGAGCGGCCUGGCAGUCAGGAAAAGCACAGCCCUCAAAAUGGCACAGCCUACACCCCAUCAGGGGGGUACAGUAACGGUUCACUGGUCGCUGAUGAGGAACUUCAAGAAUUUGAUGACUUAAUAUAUGUGCUAAAAGCUGGGUCAGGUAUGAACAUCAGCGACACAGAGUCCUGCCAUGGGAGUCAAGAUGGAAGUGGUAUGGCUAGUUCACAGAUUGUGGAACUCCGGAGAAUUCCUAUUGCUGACACUCAUCUAUAGUUCCUUUUUAAUACACGUUUUUUUAUAUUUGUUUUUUGUAUUGCACUAGACUGUUCCAUGGUGUAAACUAGCAUCCAGAUAACAGCUGUAGUUAUUAUAAGUUAUGUCCUAAAGGGAAACCUUUUGUAAUUGAAUAAAGUAUUGUAAUGUAUUUUUAAGUGAAGAAGCUGGUCUUGAAAACAAGCUCAAUAGGCAAAAUAAGAAAUGUAGACAAUUAACCUUUUAUUAACCAAUUUAUUGUAGCAACUUAAUAAAAUCAUUUUGUUUAUUUAU